AUGUCCGAAGAAGUGACGCUUCAUCUUUUUAAAGAGAUAUCACCAUUUCAAAUACUUCUUCUUGUUGCAAUCAAGAUUUAUGCCACUAGUUUGAAUAAAGAAGAAGAAGAAGAUGCAAUACCUCCACACGUUUUACUCCAUCUUGUGAAAUUUAUCGAAAGAAAACAAGAUAUAGACAAUACGAACCAGCUUCGACUAUGCAAUGACCUACUGAGCCUUAUUACUACUUUUGGAAAGUCCUCAUUCACUUCACAAUUGAUUGAGGAAGUUUGGAAGAUUCGUACGGUUGAGGAUUUGAACACAUUUAUCAAAAAGUGUAAUUGUUUUGUUUCACAAGAUCCAAACCAAGUCAUUGCAAAUGGCAAACUUACUACAAGGCAGUUUUCUAGUGGCUCAAUGUUUGGAAUUUUUAUAACCAAAAUAUGCACAUGCUUUGAUCUACUAGAAUUCAAUGAGUGUCUAACGCUAUUUCAAGGGUUUGAGAGAUUAAGAAGCUCAACAAAAUUGAUGAUAAAUAAGUCAGAGACCCAAAUGGAUCUUGAUUACCUCGAGGAGCUUGAUGUUGACGAGAGAUUGUUUAAUGCGCUAGAAAAUAAUCUCAUGAGAAUUAGAGGUGUCAAAAAGCAAAAGAGGGACUUAAAGGAGAAUAAAGAGGAAAUAAAAAUCAGCUCAACUGUAUCCGCUUCCAAGAUUGAUUUGGAGGCUUUAAUUAAUAAUCAAAUUACAAUUUUGGAAAGUUUUGGUACACCAACGCCACCAUUUUUGAAAAAAGUUUUCAAUAUGAUGUCCAAUUGUCAGGAGAACCUUGAUGGUCAAUUAAACCAAGGAAAUGCAGGAUCCUUGGUUGAUCCUAUUCCUGCAUGCCACUAUUUGAAUUACUUGGAGAAUUUGUCUCAUUCCAAUUAUAACGGAGCUUUGGAUUCUCUCCAUCAAUAUUUCGACUAUAUGGUGAGCAAUCUGUCCAAAUACUUUUACCAUUUUGCUUUGGUGUCCAAGGCUUCAUUGCAUCAAUUCUUUGGUGAAGAUAAACAGGCCGUAGAUACCAUUGUUGAAGCUAUUAGCGUUGCUAGAGAAAACAAGGAUAAUGUUACAUUGACGUAUAUUCUUAGUUGGUUUUACAAUUUUGUGCAUAAUAAACCUCAUUUGUGGAAGGAGCAGAAUUUGUUCAACAAGAGCAAUGAGGACGAGUUGUUGGAUUUCUUGAUCAAAAAAAGUGCAGCAAUCAAUAAUAAUCUGUUGUUAGCAAUCAACCAAGGAUUUCAAACUAUGCAGAUGAUGAGUUACGGAAUGAGUAAAAGCCAGUAUAUGGCGAGUUUGACCAAAACUUUAUUUACUGCAGUCAAUGAUUCCAAGUCAACCUUUGUCAAAUGUUGCGAGAUAGCUUCAUGUGUUUGGAAUAAUGUUGGAUCUUUCGAAUUAAGUGAAGUAUAUAACGACCUUUCCUUGCAUUAUAGUGAAAAAACGUCUGAUUACAAGAGCCUCAAGUGUCGACAACUAUAUACAAAGUUUAUGCGUGGCAACAUUAAUAACAACGUCAAGAGAAAUGGAAAUGGGAUUAGUAAUGCCAUUGAAAGCAGUGUUGCAACUGAGAACUAUACAAAUGUUGAAAGUUUACUCACCGAGAUGGAUGAGCUCAAGGAUGGGGUAGAAGAUGAUGCGUUAUACAACUCUAUCCAGAUUAGGUUGCUUAUGAUGCAGAUACAAGUGCAUUUAUCCAAAGGCCGGGUACGCCAGGCGCAUGAAAUCAUGACUGUGCUAAGUAGCAGCGAGUUAAAGGAUUUGGAGUUGCGAAAGGAAGUGUUUUUGUUGGAAAUUGAAGUCUUGAUACAUUUGGCAAAUUACCAAGAUGCAAUACAUAAAAUUUCAUCGUUGGAAUAUGCAGACGACUAUAUGCGUUUAAGAUUGAAUAUUCUAAAAUGCCGGAUACUCAUAAUGUCCGGAGACUUCUAUAGCUCAUUGUCAACACUUAUUCAUGCAAUGGAGCUGUGUAAACUACAUGGCCUUGUACCAUUGCAAAUCGAGGCAACUUUACUAUUUAUCAGGGUAUUAAACACAUUGGGUCAUCACAAGGAUGCACGUCUAUUGCUAGAAGAUAUUAUACCCCUCGUUGAAAGCUAUAGUAGCCAUAACUUCAAAAUCGCAGCUUAUAGCGAGCUAGAUAAGUGUCGAUAA